AGUCGUAUGACGUUCGUUCCAGCGUCUAGACGGACGCACGGUUACUUUGUUCUCGUUCCUGCCAUCAAUCGUUCGGUCCACAGUUCUUUAAAAUUCAAUGAUCCGCCGAGUUUGUGAGUGCAUUAAAGUUCGUAAGUGAAACUGGCAUUGCGGGAGAGUGAGAGAAAGAAAUCUUUUGAAACACCGUGAAUAUCUUCGUCGUGUAGCUCCCUCCGUUGUCUCAUUGCCGGCUCGGGCUAUAGGUGGACUUUUUACGAAGUGUUGAUCUUCAUAAACAAUAAUGAGGGAUUUCUAACCCCCCCCCCUCGAUAUCUAACGAGGAUGUGAUACGACGAGAGAUUGGUCAGUUUUUCAAAAUGGAAAAACUGUCUUUUGAGUGCUCGGAACAAAAAAAAUAAUGAAAAAAAAAGAAAACAUUACGACACUAUUGAAAAUUUGAAGAAUAAUCUAACGCAGUGUUAAUAUUGUUGGAACGGUGUAAUGACGAGAGAGAGAAGGAAUGCACGGAGCGUUAACUUGUGUGGGUCAGUGAGGGCGAGUGUGUUCUUGACAGUGUGAAUCAACAAGUGCCAGUUCUGUUCCUCGUGUGUAUGAUUGUGUUUCGCCGUUUUGAAUAACGUGCAUUCGUAUACUCGUGUCUGUGUUACUUCAUGUAUACACGUUGAGUACUCAUCGUGUUACAUGUGCGCGUUCAAAUCGCGGAGUUCGAAGAUUGGGAUAGAUUUUAAUUGCCCGGCAGCCGGCUCAUCGCAUAUUUUCUUUGGAUGCAGUUAUAUGUACCAUCAGCGUAGAGGAUCGACCGAAGUGAAUUUAUUUCGACACCGAAAAUCAUGAUUUCUUCAAAUUUAUCUUUCUAGGAAUGAAGUGAUCAAACAUAUUCCGUGAUUCGUCUUUUUUCAUCGCGCCAGGUUUUUUCUCGUGUGCGAACGAGUUUUUUUUUUUUUUUUUUUUUAUUUAGUGACGCCCUAGUGAGUUUCUUUUGAAAGUUUUUAAUGCAUGCCUUGCUCUAUUGCCUUGAAAACGAGAUUGGAUAACGAGGCACAUUCGUUCACAAUCGGAAUUGCGUGGUGCUCAAAACUUGGUUGACCGGAUAAAUAUACAAAUAUCGAGCGAGUGAAAAUAUAUCAAAUUCGAUCGCAACCGAAUCGAUUUCAUUACCUUCGUGUAUUAUGUGCUGCUCAGAUAAAUACAUAUGAAUAUAUACUCUCGUAUAUAAAUGUAUACGUAUACGUGUCCGUGAUAAGCAGCUAUUCGUGACAUUAUCGUCAUCAACGUCGAAGCUGCGAGACCUGCUGAGACGACAAACGGCAAGGCGACGCCGCUGCGUCGCGACGCACCAAGAUGGAAGUCGUCUAUAUAGAUGAACGAGAAGACGUGCAAAAAAAAACAUUUGCCAAAUGGAUAAAUUCGCAGCUGCUCAAGCAAAACCAUCAAGAUGCCAUCACAGAUCUGUUCGUCGAUCUCCGAGAUGGAAAUCGACUCCUCUCGCUGCUGGAAGUUCUAACGUCAAAAUUUUACAAACGAGAGCGUGGUCGUAUGCGAGUUCAUCACUUGAAUAACGUUAACAAAGCUCUACAAAUACUGGAACAAAAUAAUGUGAAGCUCGUCAACAUCAGUAGCAACGACAUUGUGGAUGGAAAUCCAAAAUUGACUCUCGGAUUGGUAUGGAGCAUAAUUCUACACUGGCAGGUUCAGUAUCAUCUCAAGGACCUGAUGACCGAGUUACAGCAGACGAAUUUAGAAAAAACCCUGCUAGCGUGGUGUCGCCAAAAUUCUCAGAAUUAUCCUGGCGUCGAUAUAAAGAAUUUUACGACUUCGUGGUCCGAUGGUUUGGCAUUCAACGCGAUAUUGCACAGAUGGCGACCCCAGUUAUUCGACUUCAAUAAUAUUGCGAGAAAACACCCGAACGCCAGACUCGAAAAUGCUUUCCGAUUGGCCCAUGAUCAUUUGAGUAUCGAGCGACUACUCGAUCCGGAAGAUGUAAACACGUCAGUACCGGACAAAAAAUCCAUCAUGAUGUACGUCAUGUGCCUGUUUCAAUCGUUACCUCAUACGGGAGAUGAUGUGGGUGAUAUCGAUGUCUCGAUUGCUAGUGAUUCGAGUCCAGUCACCACACCAGUCACCGAGAGUGGGCUUUCGAUGGCCAAUCUCGGUAUGCCGGUCUCACGACCAAUGAGUCUUGCGACCAACGUGUCGGUCGAGCUUGGUGGUUACCAGGUUGCACUUGAGGAUGUUCUCACGUGGCUUCUCGAAGCCGAAGAUAAACUAAACAACUCACCCGAGACCGGUACGAACUUGGAUUUAUUGAAAGAACAGUUCCACGAACAUGAAACAUUUUUGAUGGAACUGUCUGGACAUCAUGACGGUGUUAUUGCGGUUAUGGAGGAAGGAGCCAGACUCCUGGCCGAUGGUGGUCUCCAGAAAGAUGAAGAACACGAGGUCCGCGUACAAAUGUCGUUGCUGAACGCACGCUGGGAAGGAUUGAGGCUGCGAGCUAUGGAUCGACAGUCCCACAUUCACGAGGCUUUGAUGAACAUGCAGAAAGGUCAGCUGGAUACCCUUCGACAAUGGCUAACGGAAACGGAGGAUCGCAUAUCUCAUAUGGCAGUGAGCGUGCCAAAUCACGAGUCGCUCGAGGACCAAUUGAGACAAUUGAGCGAGCUGGAAAGUGAUAUCAAUGAAAAACAAGCGUCGGUUGACGCGUUGAGAAAUAUUGUGGUGGUCGUUGACGAGGAAAAUUCCGAGGCUGAUUACACCCAGAUGGAAGAUUUAUUGUCGGCGCUGAGCGAACGUUGGUGCCACAUUUGUAAAUGGAAAGACGAGAGGAGCGAAAAACUUCGAGUUCUUACGGCCAACUGGAAAAAUUUGACCGACGAGUACAAAAAAUUACUCGUUUGGCUCAAUGAAAUGGAAAUUACUUUGAAGCAAAUGGAAGCUGUGCCGGUUUCAGAAAUCGGUGAAACUCUUGAGAGGGUUAAAAAAUUACAAAGUUUACGCGCCCAAAUGAGCGCGAAUGACAAAAAACUUGCCGUUAUGCAAAAAACUGUACAAGACAUGAGCGCCGAUGGCUCCUCCGUCGAGUGUAAUGACCUCUUGGAAAAAAUUGAAAAUCUCCAAGAUCAGUUGGAAGCUGUAGGACAAAUCAUGGAAGUUCAAAGUCAAAGGAUAUCGAAUUCAGGAUUCGAUUUUGACACGAGGUCGGAAACGGAAACUACAGUCGUAAGUGGAAACGAAUGGAUGACCGAAACUAUAACGAGCAUAGCGUACAAAAAGGAACAUUCGGGUGUUUUGGAUCAGCCUCAACAUAGCGAUUCGAAAAAACGAAGGAUCGCAAGUGUCACGAGACAAACAUUUGAGACGUCACUGUCAAAUUUAUACAAAUGGUUGGAUUAUGUUGAUCUCGAAAUUGGACGUUCCGAGGGUGUGUUCGAUGAAUUGAGCGUCGAUGAGAAACGAGUGGUUUACGAAGACACAGUCGCUGAUUUGGAGUCUCACAAAAUGGAAUAUGAGAAAGUUCUUGAAGCUGGUAAUUCACUCCUCGACGAAUUGAGACAAUCGAAUGAAUCCUUUGAUGAGGAACAAAGCAAGAUCAACGCUGUGACGAAUUGCUGGCAAGCCACUAAUAAUCGUUUACAAGAGAUCAAAGAAAGAAUUGAUUUUUUGCUCGAGGUCAAACAAUUCCGUGCCGAGCUGGCUAAUUUGAGCAUUAUGCUCGAUGGUUAUACGAAAUGGUACGAAUCGAAUCAGGCCAGCAGUCAAAUCGAACCUCUUGGAGUCAAAUUGAAAUCAAUGAAAUCUCAUGAGGAGCGUAUUAAAAAGUUAAUGGCGAAGUCGAAACAUUGUAUCGAAACACAGGCCGCUGGGAAAGAUGCUGCUCUAAUCGAUUCUGAGUUGAAACAUUUUACGAUGAAAUGGGAUGACCUCUUAAAAAAGUUGUCGGAUCGCUUAGCAGAACUGUCAAGCGUCGCUGAUAAGAAUCCUCCAAAAAAAUAUACAGAAACAAUAGCGGAAUUGUUGUCCUUCAUAAAUAAUGCGGAAAGUAUUUUGUUGUCCGAGCACGCUGUCGUUUCUGACCGCGAGUCUAUGGAAAAACAAUGUCAGAGAUUCGUCAAACUUCAAGAUUCGAUGAAAGAGCACAAAAAAAAGUUGAAAUACGUCAACACAACAGGGCAAGAAUUGAUCGCGAAACUCACCGAUGAUACAACGAUACAGAUAAUGAUGGAUGACUUGCAAGACCUCAAUACCAAGUGGAGCGAUAUUACCGUUAUUCUGGAUGAGAGACAACAAAAACUUUCCAAAGACAUCAAUGCUCUAGAAGAAUUCGAAAAAGAGCUCCACAGAUUGGAAGAUUGGUUGGAGAAGUCUUGCAAGUACUUGGAAGAGGUAUCCGAAGAUGCUGAAGUAAAAGAUGUGAAAACAACUGAGUUCAAGCUCGAGCAAAUUCGUUCGCUUACCGACGACAUUGAGAGCACGAAACCUUCGAUCGAGAAACUCCAAACUUCCACUAACUUAUUGCUAGAAAACUCUGAGCCAAAGUUUGCCGGUGUUCUCAACAAUCGAUUGGAGGCUGUUUCCCAAAAAUGGAACGCCAUUAUCGAUGGUGCAAAGCUUCACGGCGACAAAUUUGAACAUGCAUUGAAAAAGAACGAUGAGAUCAUAAACGGCAUCGAAGAUUUCACAAAUUGGCUCUUGGGCCUGGAAAAGGCGAUACCGAUGGAGACGAAGAUAACAUCGUCGAUAGAACUUUUUCAAAACCGUGGUCGUUAUCAGAACUUGAAGGAAAAGGUUGACAACAGGGUCGAAGAAUUUCGUAAUUUGAACGAAAUGGGCAACGACAAACUUUUGAACUCGGAGGGCUCGUCGGUACAGGAAUUAGGUAGGCGAUUCACAUCUUUGAACGCAAGAUGGACAGAUGUCACCGAUCGCAUAUACGAGCGUUACAGACAAUUACAAAACGCUAGUCACGAGUAUGGCGAGUUCCGUGCUCUUGUUGCUCAAGAAAGCGAUUGGCUUGAUAAGCUCGAUAAAAGACUUAAAAAAUCGACCAAAAGCGCUGCCGAUGCGGAAGAAAUAUCGGAUGAACUCGAUGAUUUGGAGAAUUAUAUUCGCAAUCGUCCGGAAUCAAGAUUCGAAAAAAUUCAAGAAAUAGGCAAACAACUUAUCGAACACGACAUAAUGACCCAAUCGAUUGAAAAUGAUCUCGAGUCUCUGACAAUUCGAUGGAAAAAUCUCAAUCAAAAGGCAAACGAACGAGCCAAACUGUUGGAAGGAUCUGUGAAGCAGGCUCAACAAUCCGAAGGACGAAUACUAGCCCUCCAAAAUUCCCUUACGCAAGUAGACUCUGUACUGACAGCUCGUCUAGAUUGUGAUCUCACAGCUGAUGAUUUGCCCCAUGAUUACCAGAAAUUAAUUGGUGAAAUGGAGGGUCAGCAAUCGACACUGGAUGAGAUGAUGAGUCAGAUCGAGGAAUACAAAGCUUCGGGUAAGCACGAAGCAGCCAGUAGACUCCAGGAACAAAUGACUCUGAUAGAGCAGAAGUUUACCGAAGUACAAAAGAAGUUCGAUCGCUUUCGGUCACCAACGAAUCUCGAGCCCAGGCUUUCACGAGCUCUCCGUGAACUUCGAGGCAUCGAGGAAGCCACGUGUUUGUUAGAACUUGCUUCGGAGGACCCGGAAGCCAUCGAAGGACAGUUGAAGCACUGUUUGCGUUUCUAUCAAACUCUGAGCGAGAUCAAGAGUGAAAUCGAAAGUAUAAUCGUAUCGGGAAGAAAAUUAGUCGACGAUAAGAAUGUUUCUGAGCCAGAAAAACUCACCAAACGAAUCGACACUCUAAAAAAGUUGUACAACAAGCUCGGACUCGAGAUUACCGAGUCCAAAGCGAUCCUCGAAAUGGCUCUCGAGCUGUCUCGUGAUAUGUACAAACACAUGACGUACAUAAAUAUGUCGGUUGACAGUAUCAACAAGGAAUUGGAUACUCAGAAAAAUAUGCCCGAAUUGCCAGUUAAUGCCAUCUAUGUUAAAGAAACUCUGACCGAAGUAAUACCACGAUUGAACGUCGUCAAAGACAAACUCUUCGGAUGUCACGAAGAGUUUACAAAAUUGUGUGAUCGCAUGUACCUGGAACAGCUCAAAGACAAAAUGUCCGAUGUCGUGGGAAGGUUAGCGAGUACCGAGAGAAGAUUGCGAGUAUGCAGCGGUGUUGAGGACGAACCGAACGUCGAUGAAAUCAAUGCUUGGCUCUUGCAAAUGGAAGAAAAGCUCGAUAAUUUGGAUACAAUGCCAACUGAGCAGUUGAACGAGCAACAUUUGGAUAAGUGCAAGGCGAUUCAGUGCGAGAUGACAGAGGCGAAGCCAAAAGUGUUACAGUUGCAACGCUCCGCUUUCUACCCGAAAGUAGCAGCCGUGUGCAAAAAGUGGGAGGAAAUUGCUGGAAGAAUUCAGGGUUGGAUUGUCAAGAUCACUGAUGAUUUGUCGAUAAAGAGCAAACCGUGUCAUGUUAAGGGGAGAGACAGUAUUGGCCAGAAUCAUUCGUACAAGAAUACAGAGAGCGUAGCACCUUCUACGGGUAGAUUGUCAGAUAAGAGAAUAAAUAAAAUAGGCGCGACGAACGAGGACAUGUACGGGAUAGGCUAUCUGAAUCCAGCUUUCGACGAUAAGCAAUGCUCCGGUUGUUCGAUUACGAGUACCAGUACGAGCAGCCCAAUGACUCCGAAAAGUUCGCCAAUCGUUGUACCAAUGCGGAGUAGAAAGUCGUCGAGUAAACUGGAAAAAGUGAAAGAACGCGUGGUCGAUAUUGGUCGAACUGCUAGAAGGAAACUGGACAUGAGCUCGAUACCAGACGUGGUGCAAACAUCCCAGCCUCAAAUAUCGCAAAAGGUUGAUACUUCGUCAUCCUCCUCGUCGCCAUCGCCCGAGAGAUCCGAAGAAACGUUCCACGACGAGGACGAAGAAUUCUUCUUGUCCAAAAACAGCAAAUUGUUCUCACAAGUAUCGAGCAACACUCUCGUACCGAUGGAUACAGCGAGGGCGGCUUCGACGAUGACGGGAACAUCAAUGACCGUAACGAGUUCCCAUUCAACUCCGUUUCACAUAGUCGCCAUUCGUGAAAUGGAAAUUGUCAAGUCCGUCGCCUCGGCCAACAGCCACGUUGUGCUGCCAAUUGCCAAUGUGAGCGUUGAACAGAUGCCCCAAGUGGUCGAGCGCGUCGAGAUAUCCGAGGACACGGAAACUGAGCCCGAAUCCAUCGACGAUGACCCCGAGGACUCGAGCAACGCGAAAAAACAAUUGGUGCCUAUUUUGAAGCGACCAACUUUCGUACCCUUGGCAUCGAGGAACCCGAAAAAACUGACGUUGCGCUUGACCGAAGACUUGGCCAAAAAACAUCCGUACCCCUUGCAGGUGCAAAAUCGUGGCCGAAAAAAUAUGCUCCAAUGCACGAGAAGAAUUGUAAAAAGUAGAGCGAACGUGAAAUCCGGUCCGGCGGGCCCACGAAACGUUGCCCCGAACCAUCAACUCGAUCCGAACAGUUUCACCAGGUGGAAAGACUGCGAGAGCAUUGACGAGUAUCUCAUCCUCGACGACCGCAAACCUCGACCUAGUCCCCUCGGAAACCCCGGUGACAAUCCCUCGAAAAGCUUCGAACGGAACGCCCGCGAAAUGCGUGACUUCAAUAAGACUGCGAUGGUGCUAAAUGCCACUCCUCAUGAGGGGACGAAGGAUUGUGAUAAUUUUGGCACUGCCACGGAGGGCUCGACCAUGCCGAGCCGAAGUAUCGUUCCUACGAGGAGAACUAAAGUCUUUGCUUCCGACGAUACUGUCGAAGAUUGUGAAAGUUUUUACGGUAGUGACAAAGAGACUGACGAUCCAUUGAUUUUUUCUGACGAUACGGAAAUCGAUGUUUGUAGUAGUUCAAGUUCCGGAGAGGAUGAGAAGGAAAUGAGAGUCAAAGAACAAGUACAUCUUUCGGAUGAGAGCACGAUGGAAAAGUCCUUCUCUCGGGUUGGCACUAAAAAUUCUGAAACUCAAAAGCAGAGCGUUGAAAGUAGAAUCGCAAGAGGCGCAGUUGGCUCCUCGAGAACUGGAUUCGAAAGGAACAUCAUUGAGUUUGAACAAGUUGCUCAAUUGAUGCUUCAUCGGAUGGACGUUAUGCUGAUGACCAUCGGUGCUAUCGCCAAUGAAAAAGACCCUUCGAAACGUCUCGAGGUACUAAAAGGUGAAGUAAGCUCUCUAGCACCGGAUGCAGCGGCUCUCAUAAGCAGAGGUGAUGGUUUGGUCAUGACGGUGCACAUGAAAGAUCCGAACAGAGCUGAAAAGAUAAAGAACGAUCAUCAGGACAAAUUACGUAGCAAGUGGCAUCAGGUUAUGACCGAAGUUGACGCGAGACGCGUACAAGCACAAAAAGCUGACGAAAUGCUCAAACAAUACAACAAACUUAUUGCCGAAUUCGAAGAGUGGUUCCGGGACGUACCCGCGAAAUUAGAACAGGCGAAUAAUUAUGAAGGACAGCUUGAAACAUUUACUGAGGAAUUUGACAUAAAACACGAGCAAGUACAAACCCUCAACAAUCUCUGUGCUGAGCUUAAAAAAUUGAAUGUUGGAUAUCCAGAAACGAUAAGGUACAGCAUCAAUACCAGAUGGCAAGAGAUCAGCUCCCAAUUCAAGAGAUACAGUGGUGGCAAAGACAAGGAUAAACUCGUCACCGACAAAAAAGUUGAAUUGGAUAUUGGGGGUUUGAGUACUCAAGAUUUUGCUACACGUUCGAACAAACUUCGCGAUGCAAUAUCGACGAUAGCGAGAUCUUUGAAUUCCACGCCGUUGAACGGGAAGGAUUAUGAGCUUUUCCCGAGUCAGGAAGAAUGUUUGAACAAAAUGAGCAACGCUCUUAACAUUCUUAAACCGAGUAUCGAUGAGAUGGGCUACUUGUGCGAAAGCAGUCUUCGAACACUCGGCAAGGAUCAAGCCGAGCAAGUUAAACGAAUGACAGAAAAAUUACGUGAGGAUUGGCUCGAUGUGAAUCGUCGAUACAACGAGAGAAACAAUCGUUGGAUUAAAUGUAACGAAAAGUGGAAAAAUAUUAACAACGCUUGCUGGAAUGCUUUCGAGAGACUCGACAAGCUGCAGGAUUCGCUGGAAAAGCUCGAAGAGUCUGAAACCAAUAGAGAUGCGAAUCCCAUCAUUUCGAAAAUCGAACAAGACGUUGGAAAAAUUCAAUCAAUCUACAACAAAAUCGUCACACUGAAUGCAGAAAUCGCCAGCAAAUCAUCUCCCGAGGAUGUCAUCGAUUUGAAAAACACGAUUGAAAAUGUUACGAAAAGAUGGCAAAACUUAUUUGCCAAGUUCAAUGCUCAGAAGGACAAAAUGGAUAAAAAACGAGUUGCCAUGGACAAGACGAUAGAGUCGGGACGUAAUAUCGUCGAUCAAGUCAAUACUCUGCUGAUCUCGAGUGCCAACCCUUCUGACAAUACUUCACUGUCAAUUAGAUUGUCAAUGAUCAAAGCGCGAGAGGCGGAACUGCAGUCACAGAAAAAAGCACUCGAGGAGUUGAAAACUCAACAUUUGGGAUCGGAAAUGGAGAAAGAAGUCAGUCAAAUACUGCUCGAUAUUGAGAAGAUUCAAACCAGUUUAUCAAAUCAUCGUGAUUACGUCGAAAAUAAAUUAGUAUCGUUGAAGAAAUACAUGCACAGUUUAGAUGGCAUCAUGGCUUGGGUGAUGGAAACGAGAACGAGGAUCAACAUUUCACGCGAACUGCCUCAACAAGAGAACGUCAAAUUUAUCGAUAACAUCAUGGCCACCGUCAAAGAUCGCGAAAUGGAGGUCAAAGACGUUUUGGAAAAUUAUACAAAUUUGGAGAAAGAGUGCGAAUCUGCGAAGCAGCCAAUUUCCGUCGAGUUUCAGGAGAAAUUAAAGAAGCUCCGAGAAGAUUGGCAUUUUGUGAAAAACCGUGGUCAAUUCACAGGUACCGAGGAACCUUCAACAAAAUCGUCCUUCACCUCGUCGCGGAAAGAGGAAACAGAGAAAAGCGCGAUUGGAGAAGCAUCGGGGACCGUUGCGGGAGGUCCUCGUUCGUUGGUGGCCUCCUCCGCUCACUCGACGCCCUCGACCCCGGAAGAAGCUGCCCUCUCGGCGUCUAGUGCCGUCGGAUCUUCUCCAUCCUCGUCCUCCUCAACGUCGACGACUUCACCAUCUGCUCCCCCCGUCACAGGAUUGGAUAAAACCGUUCUACAGAUCCUCGACUGGCUCACCGUCGAGUUAGAGAUGUUGCGUCAACAGGCUGUCGUCGUCGGCGACGUCGAUGAAAUCACACAACUCCUCGACAAACAAAAGAAUGUGUUGCGUGAAUUGGAGCAGAAGAAGCCGCAAUUGGACGAGCUCGUGCACACGGCGGAGAAUCUCAGAGCUGAUACAAACCGGCAGCAACUCCAUGGCAAAGUUACGAAGCUUCUCGAGCACUGGGAUGAGACGAAUUCCAAAGUCAUGCAACGCAAGACCCAGUUGGACGCUAUGCUCGGUGACAGCCAGCGCUACGAAGCCAAAAGAAACGAAGUGGAGAAUUGGUUGGAUCGCAAGGAAACCCGCUUGGCCAGGAUGCGAUCGGUUGGCCACACCGCCGAUGUCCUCGAAGCCCAACUCAGAGAGCAAAAGUCGCUUCACGCUGAGCUCCAUCAGUACAAGCAUCAAAUCGACCUGUUUAAUCAGCUCACCCAAAAACUCAUUGCCGUAUAUCAACAGGACGAUACGACGAGGGUGAAAAAAAUGACCGAAAUGAUUAAUCAACGCUACAACAAUCUUAAUACGAGUGUCAUCAAUCGUGGGAAGUUAUUGCAUUCAGCGAUGGCCUCUCUCCACAACUUUGACCGAUCGUUGGACAAGUUCUUGGCUUGGUUGAGUGAGGCUGAAUCUUCGAUAGAAGGGCUCGAGGCAGAAGCGGAUCGUCUCGGUGGCAAACGUGAUCAGGGAGCUCUCAGACGACCACAGCAUCAGCUCAAGGAUCUCCAGUCCGAAAUCGAAACUCACCGGGACGUUUACGUAUCGCUGAAUGGUACAGGCCAAAAUUUACUGCGUUCGUUGGCCAGUCAAGAUGACGCGGUCAUGUUGCAGCGUCGUCUCAAUGAGAUGAAUCAAAGAUGGCAUCACCUGAAAGCCAAGAGCAUGGCUAUAAGAAAUCGUCUGGAGAGCAACGCCGAGCACUGGAACGCCUUACUAUUGUCGCUGAGAGAACUCAUCGAGUGGGUGAUAAGGAAAGAUACGGAACUCACCGGUCUGGGACCAGUUUGUGGCGAUAUAGCUGCCCUUCAGAAACAACAGGAUGACCAUCGAGGAUUUCGCAGGCAGCUGGAAGACAAACGACCUGUCGUAGAGAACAAUUUGCUAAGCGGCCGUCAGUAUAUCGCCAAUGAACCACCUCUUUCGGACACUUCGGACUCUGAAGCUGGUCGUGAACUCGACGGUGAUUCGAGGGGUUACAGAAGUGCCGAAGAACAAGCGAGAGAAUUAACUCGAAGUAUUCGCCGAGAAGUUAACAAACUUUCGGAACAGUGGAACGCCCUGAUCGAUCGUAGCGAUGCGUGGAAGCGAAAACUCGACGACACAUCCACGAAAAUGUGCGUAUUCCAGAAGGCACUCGAAGAUCUUUCUUCGCGGAUGGCAGGUGCGGAAGCGUUACAGAGCGGUUGGCAAAAUCCUACUGAUCCACCAGAGGCCACCGAAAUGCUGGAACAGUUGCAAAAGUUUGGCGACAGAUUGGGCCCCAUUCAACGGAACAUAGAGGAGGCCAACGACCAGGCGAGCCUGUUCGCCAACAGUAGUGUCAUCGUGUCUCACGCUCUCCUCGCCAAACUCGAAGAUUUAAAUACGAGAUGGAAAAUACUGCAAGUGGCGGUUGACGAGCGUUACAAGCUCUUAAGUGGUUUCGGAAAGGACGGCAGUACACCGGGUAGUCAGGCCUUUCUCGCUGGUAGUGUCGAGCCACCGUGGGAGAGGGCGCUCACACCGGCCAAAGUGCCUUACUACAUCAAUCAUCAAUUGGAAACAACGCAUUGGGAUCACCCCAAAAUGAUUGAUCUCAUGUCCUCAUUGGCUGACCUCAACGAGGUCCGUUUCUCCGCCUAUAGAACCGCCAUGAAGCUUCGGACUGUCCAGAAGAGAUUAUGCUUGGAUCUACUGAGUCUAUCUUCGGCAUUGGAACAAUUCGAUUCCCAUGGUUUGAGAGCCCAGAACGACAAACUGAUCGACAUCCCCGACAUGGUCACCGUACUUACGUCACUCUACGAGGUUAUCGCAGCCGACAAUCCGACUCAGGUUAUCGUGCCGCUCUGCAUAGAUCUAGCUAUCAACUGGCUACUUAAUGUAUAUGAUAGGUACGCUAGUCAACGAACCGGGCAAAUACGCGUGUUAUCCUUCAAAGUCGGCCUAGUACUCCUCUGCAAAGGUCAUCUCGAAGAGAAAUACAGAUAUUUGUUCAGGCUCAUCGCUGACCCUAACAGACUGGUAGACCAAAGAAAACUCGGGCUUUUGCUGCACGAUUGCAUUCAAGUUCCGAGACAAUUGGGCGAAGUAGCAGCAUUCGGAGGUUCUAAUAUCGAGCCGAGUGUACGGAGUUGUUUCGAAAAAGCAGGGAAGGACAAAAAUGAAAUCGAAGCCGUACACUUCCUUAGUUGGCUGCAGCAGGAACCACAGAGCAUGGUCUGGCUGCCGGUAUUGCAUAGAUUGUCGGCUGCUGAAGGUGCAAAACAUCAGGCGAAAUGCAACAUUUGUAAAGAAUAUCCGAUAGUUGGAUUCAGAUAUCGCUGUCUGAAGUGUUUUAACUUCGACAUGUGUCAAAACUGUUUCUUCUCCGGGCGCAAAGCGAAAAAUCAUAAGCUGACCCAUCCGAUGCAAGAAUACUGUACUGCAACAACAUCGGGCGAAGAUGUCCGAGACUUUACUCGAGCAUUGAGAAACAAAUUCAAGUCGAAGCGUUACUUCAAGAAACAUCCUCGAGUAGGUUACUUGCCGGUGCAAACGGUUCUGGAAGGCGAUGCCUUGGAAAGUCCAGCACCAUCGCCACAGCACAGUACUCUCAGCCAGGAUAUGCACUCGAGAUUGGAGAUGUAUGCGUCAAGAUUGGCCGAAGUUGAGUUGUCACGUACGAGAAGCAAUUCCACUCCUGACAGCGAUGACGAGCAUCAGUUAAUCGCCCAUUACUGUCAGAGCUUGAACGGCGGUGAUAACAUCAAUGUACCGAGAAGUCCGGUACAAGUAAUGGCCGCUAUCGACGCUGAACAGAGAGAAGAACUGGAGGCCAUGAUUCGUGAACUCGAGGAAGAGAAUGCAACUUUGCAAGCAGAGUACGAGAGAUUAAGAUCAAAACAAACACCGGGAUCGACACCGGAAGACGGUCAUGGCACGAGGCAGCCUGAUUGUGAUAUGAUCGCCGAAGCUAAACUGCUUCGACAACAUAAGGGACGCCUGGAGGCUCGAAUGCAAAUCCUUGAGGAUCAUAAUCGCCAAUUGGAAGCACAAUUACAGAGACUCAGACAACUGUUGGAUGAGCCCAACGCUUCGUCACCGUCGAAAACCGGAACUUUACAAACCAGAAGCGUCACAGCUUCGCAAUUAGCGACGGAUUCUCCAGCCAAAAUGAACGGCCAUUAUCACGAUACACCAGGUGGAGGAGGCUCGGGUGAAGGCAGAAUUGGAAGUCUAGAAAGACCGCCACCCCCACCCCAUUCUCACAGCGUUAGCCAUAACGUGGGUAAUCUUUUGCAUAUGGCAGAUGAUCUGGGCAAAGCUGUCGGUGAACUGGUAACAGUAAUGACUGAAGAUGCAACCAAGACAAACGGUCAAAGAGCACCACCACCAGCUUUCAACUGACGCAUAUCAUGAUAGACAUACUUCACAAAAUUCGUACAGACAUUUCACAACUCGCAAAAAGUGACGUCCCUAAUAGAGGAACGAGCAUAAGUAAAUCAACAGAAAAUAACAAGGAAAUAUUGAAAACGACGGCCGAUUAUCAUUUUGAAAAGAAUCAUGAUUAGGGAAGAUAACUCGACAUUCAUCAUUAUAACAUAUUUAUAAUCGUAAACGAUGACCAAGACAAGUCUGGCUCUAACGCAUAUCAGCGAAAAGUACAUGGUACAUACAGAUAUAUACAUAUACAUAUAUAUCUACAGCGCAAAUGCAGGGUCAGGGAACCAACUACAGUGGUUUUGGCUAUUUUAUAAAAUUUGAUAUUCGCCAUUGUAUAGCUGUUGAAUGGAGACAUAGAGGGAGCAAAAGAGAGAGAAAAUAGAGAAGUUGAGUGAAAAGAAGAGAUAGAAAGAGCUGAGAAGAAAACAAAUGAUGAGACGGCGGAGAAAGGAAAAAAUAUGAAAUAAUAGAAAACGGGGCGGGAGCAAAAGCAAAGAAAACAUUUUAAAAAAUAUUAUAAAGAAAGGCCGAAAACAAAGGUGGAAUGAAUACAUGAGCAAAUACUGAUUAAGGCAAAUUAUCAUUUGGCUUCAGCGGUUCCCUGAGUAUAUGAACAAUUUACUACAAAAUAUAUCGACUCGUCAUAUCACGAAAAAAUGAACACAAUUAUCAUUAACGAGAAUUGGAUUGUUACGCUUGCUAGCUUCAUAAAAAAAAAAACAAAAAAGUCGAAUUUAAAAAACAAUACAUAUAUAUAUAUAUAUAAAUAAAAAAUUGAAGAGAAACCGUCGAAAUGAAGAAAAUCAUUGACGAAAUAAUCCUUAAAUAAAAAAUGCAUACGCAGCAUUGUAUCAAAUUGCAUAAUCCAUAGAGCGUGUAGACUAUAAACAACGUUUUGCAAACACCCUAAUUAUGUUAACUGCCAUUGGCGCACGUCCUCCAAAUCAUAAACGAGCGACUAAUGAAAUCGCGUGUAAAGAAAUAAUACCACGAUUCAACGCGUCCGCAGUCACAGAUGUAUUGACAUCGAUACACAUACCAUAUUCACGCAUAUCGAGUUUUUUAAGUUCUGGACUCCAGCAGAACACGUCUCUUGACGUUUUCAUAUCAACCGACUCAAAGUCUCUUUAUCAAAUUAUCAGCUUUGUUAUUUCGCGAUUAAUGUGGAAAUCAGAUCGAAGAAGACCAUUUUUUAUAUGAUUCAGUGACGAAGAAAAUGACGUAAAUGAUAAGUGAACGAACUAAAUCAGGUAGUCACGUUCACUACGAUUUUAUCAUAAUUAACCCUUUCCCUAAUCCGAACAAUGUUUCGUAUUUUUUUAUAAACUUUACGUAGAUUUUAAUGAUUUUUACUGUCUCCGAGGACUCGAUACAGUGCGGCGAUGGAUUCACAAUUUUUAGCCUCUUUUCUCUUCCAUCGAUCCUACAUUGCAACACGAAUUUUUAAUGCAAAAGAAAUAAUGAACAAUUGAUAUCGAAAAUUACUUGGAGGCCAAGCGGAUUCAAUGCCGACGACAAAAUUACUCCACUGUGUCGGGCCCUUGUGCCUACCAAACCCCAAUGUUAUGUACAUUUAAAGAUAUAUUGAUAACCUUUUUCUCCCAAACAAAACCAUCUGAUUUACAAACUGUAGGCUGUAUUCUCAUAUCAUGUAAUAAAGUUGUCUAGAAAAUAAUGUCAAGACGAUAAA